GAUUGCAAUAGGCCCGCCAGGGCGGUGACGCACAUCAAGAGGGCCGGCGCGUUCCACACGAUUGGCCCCACACGCAACCACAGUGGUGGGUGAACAUUGGCCGCAAGUUGGGGAGUUUCCCCCCCACAGGCCCCGCCACUGGGAGGCGGGAACUCCCCGGCAACGCGUGGGCCGCGCGUGGAUGCGGUUCGGGGGAUAAGUCAUGUGUAGCCCGCGGGCAGUGAGCUCACACUGAGCGGUGGCUUGCAUGGGAUGGGACCCCCCUUUCCUAACGUUCUCUUUUUAUCUGGCGGGACCCCCCCCCACUCUUGUUCUGGUAGGACUCCGUGUAGGUCACUAUUUUGGAAGCCACUACCUUCCCUCCUCCCCUAUUCGCGAGACCACACUUUUCUUUUUUCGACUAGUGGGACUCCAAUAUUAACGGACUCUACCCCGUCAUCCUCAGUGGAACCCUGAAGUCAGUAGAGUUUUGACCCCUCUAUCCUGGUGGGCCCCAUUUCCAUAUAACUUCCUCCUGGUAGGCACUUAUUACUCCCUCUUGUUAGAACUCUACAUCUGGUGAUGCUCUAUAAUUGUCCUGGUGGGGUCCCGCUUCUACUGUUCUAGUGGGGGUUUGCUGUCUUCUGGUGGAGGUGUUCCUCUCCAUUAUAUUGGGAGCUCUGCUUUCUAGUUAACCCCUUCGUUGUACCUGCUUUUUAAAACUUUCCCGAUGGGUCAUCUUGUGCUUUGAUGUGUGUCCCCUCUUCAUUUUCUUGGUAGGACCUCUUCCAACUUCGCAAUAAUGGGCCCUAUCUCCUCGUGAAAGAGCCUUUUAUUUACUCGGGGCAGCGAUCUCCAACUUCCUUCCCCUCGUGGUGAAGGUUCCCCCAGCUGGUGCCCAAAGCCUCGCCCUUUCCCGGCGAAGUCCCACCGCGUGGUGGGGUCAAUCCCCCUCCGAGUGGAAGUGGCCUCUCUCCUCCUGGUAGUGGGGGUCCUGUCCCGGCGCACCCUUCCACUCCUCCCCCUUCUCCUCCUCCUCCAGCCUUCGCUAGCCACCUCCCCCGCCUCUUUAUUAAGGUGAAUGCUGUAAAUCCCAGGAAGGCAAUCCGCACGCAUUCCGAGCGCCAGGACCCACGACCCGGUCGAGACGCAGGUCGCGUCCCAGCGUCCCCCAGGAAGAAGCGACCUUCGGCGGCCCUCCGGUUCCGCCACCCCGGGCUCUCGGCCACCCAGGGCCCCCUGCGGAGAAGAGGCGCAAGGAGGCAUGGCGAAGGUCGCCGUCUGCCCGUGCCGCUGUCUGUGCCUGCUGCUGCUGCUGGCCGUGUUGGCUGGGGCUCAACAUAGGAGCUACCGAAGGGUCUUCACAUACGUGGUGCAGCAGCAGCAGCAGCAGCAGGGACAGCAGCAACAGCAGCAGCAGCAGCUUGAGCAGCAGAUCGCGCAGUCUCACCGCGUAGCCGGCUUCAGGGACAGCCCCGUGCGCCUCCGCGCCGCGUACGGCGCCGAGGGGGCGCUGCCCCUGCGGGCCCGACCCGGCACGGGGACCCAGCAGCAUCAUCAUCAUCAGCAGCAGCAUCAUCAUCAUCAUCAGCAGCAGCAUCAUCAGCAGCAGCAGCAUCAUCAGCAAGGCUCGGCUCCACGGCAGGCAGCACAGCUCCCCGGGCCGAACAUUUGUGGAGCACAGUGCUGCCCAGGAUGGAGCCAGAGCCCCGGCUCCCAGAUGUGCACCAAACCGGUUUGCUCACCGCCGUGCCAGAACGGAGGCAUGUGCGUGCAGCCCCAGGUGUGUGCCUGUCCUGCUGGCAAGUGGGGGCCGUCCUGCGCAGACAGUAACCCCCAGGCCGCAGCCGCUGGUGCCGGUGGGGUACCCAGCCAGAGUCGCACAGCUUCGCUCUCUCGUACCGCACACAUGACCCUCACCGUCAAGCACCAACCGUCUGUGCGGAUGGUGCCACACAAGGGCCAGCAACAGUCACACUCAAUGCAGUCUGCGCCACUUAGCAUGGCCAUGCAACGUCGGACAUCCCAACCACUCCUGCUCAAGCCUAAGGUCUUCAGCCACCAGCUCGUGUCGGCCAGUGGAGGACGUCCUGCCCAUCCCGGCCCCAACGCCUUGCCCUCGGGGCACAGCCAGCAUGGGCUUCUCAGCUCUGAACAUGUGCCUUAUGCCGGCAACCUGAGCGCGAGCGGAUCGAUGGGGCGCAUCAAGGUGGUCUUCACGCCCACCAUCUGCAAGGUGACGUGCACCAACGGGAAGUGCCAGAAUACCUGCGAGAAGGGCAACACGACAACGCUGAUCAGCGAGAACGGCGAGGGGGCUGACAUGCUGACGGGCUCCGGGUUCCGCGUCGUGGUGUGUCCCAUCCCGUGCCGGAACGGAGGCAGCUGUCAGACGCGGGAUAAGUGCCGCUGCCCGGCGAACUUCACGGGGAAGUUCUGUCAAAUCGCCGUGCAGUCGCCCAGGGCCUCCGAGGAGCAGGGGGCAGUGGCGGGCAGCCAGGGCUUGUCGCUCACUCGCUCGACCUUCACCAUCCCCGUGUCGGGGGUGCACGCCGGAGCUGCUACCCACGUGAAGAUAUCGCCGAGUGUAGCGAACGUGCACGUGCGGCACCCGCAGGCGGCCUCCGUGCAGGUGCACCAGGUGUCGCGCGUCGAGGGGUCUCUGCAGACGGGCCCAGGCCAUCAUUACAAGCGGGACCACCAGCACCACAGUCACAGCCAAAGUCACAGCCAAAGCCACAGCCAAAGUCACAGCCAAAGUCACAGCCAAAGUCACAGCCAAAGCCACAGCCACGGGCAGAUUCCGCACCAUUCGCAGUUGCAGCAGCAGCAACAGCAGACGUACACCUACCCGAUACAGCAGCCUGCGUCCCAGCCCAGGCCUCAGCCCAAGCCGCUUGGCCGCUGCUUCCAGGAGACCAACCCAGGGCAGCAGUGCGGCAAACCACUGCCGGGACUCCUCAAGCAGGAGGACUGCUGCGGUAGUGUGGGCAGCUCCUGGGGCUUCAAUAAGUGCAGCAAGUGUCCAGCCACAGCCGUUCAGACACAGCCUGGGAGCAGUGCCAUGGUCGAGUGCACACAGGGCUUCAAGAGGGAGAGUGCAACCCAGUGCCGAGAUAUCAACGAGUGCCUGAUCCAGGGCGCGUGCCCCAAUGCCGACUGCCUCAACACCCAAGGCAGCUACAGGUGCAUCUGCAAGUCGGGCUUCACCCUGGAUUCCACCACCAAUCGCUGCAUAUCCAACAAGGCGCUGGCGGAGGAGAAGGAGCUGUGUUUCCACAUGGUGGUGGAGCACCGCUGCCAGCACCCCCUGCCUGUGCCCGUGUCCCGGCCCGUGUGCUGCUGCUCCGUGGGUGUGGCCUGGGGCUCCGACUGCCAGCGUUGUCCCGCCAAAAACUCGGAUGCCUACGUUGAGAUCUGCCCGGCGGGGCCGGGGCUGGUCUACCACCGCAAUCCCGACCCCGUCGUCAUGGAAACCAUCUGGCUGCACCCUCCACGGCCCGAUGAUACGGUUCCCAACGAGGCACCGCCACUGCCGGCACCGACCACCCGGCCCACGCCCGCCGCUCCACCUCCCACCGCGCCUGUUCCACGUAGGGAAGCAAUGACAACUCCACCCCAGCGUGAACCCACAAUACAAAUGAAAGAGCGGCUUAUUUCAACUGUGGCACCGAAGCAGGUGGACCCCGAGGUGACCACGAAGAAAAACGCACUAAGCAUCAUUACUCCCGAGGAGCCUGACACAGGCCCGAGGGAGUCGGAUAUCUGCUUGCUGCGGCCGAAUAUCUGCGGGCCCGGCCAGUGCUACAACCUGGACGUGGGCUACACUUGCACGUGCCAUUUUGGCUACCAGUACAACGAGCAGCUGGGCCGCUGUGACGAUAUUGACGAGUGCAGCACGGUGCCACGGCUCUGUGCCAACGGGCGGUGUGAGAACGUCAUUGGCAGCUUCCGCUGUAUCUGCAGACCCGGAUUCAUUUUUGAUGACUCUGGAGCAGAGUGUCAAGAAGUGGACGAGUGCAUGUCCGACCCAUGCCAAGGCAAGGGGCGCUGCAUCAAUAUACCUGGCUCGUACGCCUGCCAAUGCAACCAUGGCUACAUGCCCGUCGGACGGAACAAUUUCAAGACCUGCCAGGACAUCAACGAAUGUCUAAAGGUGAACAAGUGCAUCGGUGGCCGCUGCAUCAACCUGCCCGGAUCGUAUCGCUGCGAGUUCUGUGACGCGGGACACGUGAUGAACACGCGUGGCCAGUGCGAAGAUGUGAACGAGUGCCGCAACCCCAACACCUGCCCCACUGCCAAGUGCGUGAACACGCCGGGUUCCUAUGAGUGCGUUCGCUGCCCCAGUGGCUUCGAGGGCCGCAACGGUCACUGCAUCGAUGUCGACGAGUGUGCGGACGGGAACGUGUGCAGCAACGGGAUUUGCGCCAACACGGAAGGCUCUUAUUCGUGCACACCUUGUGGCACCGGCUUCCGCUUGACCUCCAAUGGCAAGGCCUGUGAAGACAUUGAUGAGUGUCAGAAUGGGAUUGUGUGUGGAGGCGGAGAUUGUGUGAACACUCGGGGCUCCUUCCAGUGCGAAUGUCAGCCCGGCUACCAUCUGUCCAGUGGCGGGGACCAGUGUGAAGAUGUGGAUGAGUGCAGGGAGGGAGCCUGCCAGGAUGGCGAGUGCCGGAAUUUGCCUGGCUCCUUUUCCUGCGUCUGCCCUGCCGGCUAUGAGCUAACAGCCAACCAGCGCUGCACCGAUAUUAACGAGUGCCUCUCAGAGUCUGUGUGCGAACCCCAUGGGGACUGCCUCAACACCGAUGGAUCCUUCUACUGUGUGUGCCAUCAUGGUUAUAAAUCCUCUGCCAACGGACGCUUCUGCAAAGAUGUGGAUGAGUGCUCAGAGGGGCAGCAGUGCCCUGGCGGGCAGUGCGUGAACACGGAGGGCUCGUUUACUUGCGAAUGUGAACCUGGCCUGCGCCUCAAUCCAGGCACCCACACCUGCGUAGACAUUGAUGAGUGUGCGGAGUUUGACAGCAGCCGCUGUGGCUCCUGGCGCUGUGAGAACACGCACGGCUCGUACCGCUGCGUGCAGGCCUGCGACCGGGGCUACAGGCUCUCCUCCACAGCCGAGUGCCAAGACAUUGACGAGUGCCUGGACGACACAGUGUGUGGCCGUAACGGAUUCUGCGAGAACACAGAAGGCUCAUUUAGAUGCCUCUGUGACCAGGGCUACCAUGACCUUCAGGAUGGCCAGGAAUGUAUAGAUGUGAACGAGUGCGAGAUGUUUAGCAGUGUGUGUGGCGACGAUGCCCUCUGUGAGAACGUGGAAGGUUCCUUCCUGUGCAUUUGUCAGCAACAUAACAAGGAGUUUGACACCAUGUCUGGAAAGUGUGUUGAUCGCCAUUCAAUUGUGGACUCUCGGGCACCGGGGGUGGAGACCAAGGAAUGCUAUGUCAACCUCAACGAUGCCAACUUUUGUGACAACGUUCUGGCUGUCAAUCUGACGCGGCACGAGUGCUGCUGUACCCUUGGCGCGGGCUGGGGUGACAACUGUGAGAUCUAUCCGUGCCCCGUCCUUGGCUCAGUGGAGUUCAAGAACCUUUGCCCUCAUGGAAAGGGAUUCAUUCCAAAUGAAGAUAUAGUGUAUGACACCAUCCCCCAAGAUUUCAAAGAUGCAGAUGAAUGCAUCCUGUUCGGCCAGGAGAUUUGCAAACGUGGCACCUGCCAUAACACGGAGCAUGGAUACAAGUGCUUCUGCAAGUCAGGCUUCUACUACGACCGGCAGAAACUGGAGUGUCUCGACGUGGACGAGUGCACGGACGAGUGGAGCUGCGAGGGAGGGAGCUGCGUGAACACGGACGGCUCCUUCGACUGCUUCUGUCGCCCACCCCUCAUCCUGGACUCCAACGGCAAGCGCUGUGUCAACAGCUCGGGCCUCCUGGAGCGACAUGAAGAGGAGGACGCCGAGAUGCUGAUGAGCAUGUGCUGGCGGGCGAUGGGCAAUGACUUCAUGUGCAGCCAGCUCAUCCUGGGCAAAGAGACAACCUACACUGAGUGCUGCUGUCAGUACGGGGAGGCAUGGGGACCGGACUGUGCGCUCUGUCCAGAACGCAACACUGAUGAUUUUGCACAACUGUGCAACAUCCCGCGAGGUGGAGACCCGGACAUGCGGCGAGUGUCUGGGCAGGGACGCGGCGGCUCGGGCUCGUGGAUCGCCCGCCAAGAUGACAGGGGACUGGUGUCUGGCCAAAGGUACCCAGCCAGCCGUGGGGGCCCACAACCCCAGGAGUUGCUGGCCGGGUCCCUGCCGCUGUUCGUGCCUGUGGAGAGGGACGAUAGACUGUUUGACAGCUUUGAGGGCCUGCAGGCACAGGAGUGUGGCAUCCUGAACGGAUGCGAAAACGGGCGAUGCGUUCGUGUCCCCGAAGGGUACACGUGUGACUGUUAUGACGGGUACCAGCUAGACCUUUCCCGCAUGGUGUGCACCGAUGUGAACGAGUGCGAGGAGCUCAACGAACGCAUGUCACUCUGCCGCAAUGCCAAGUGCAUGAACACGCAGGGCUCCUACAGAUGCGCGUGCCUGCCCGGCUUUGUGCCUUCGCAGCAGCCCAACUUCUGUGUCAAGAUUCAAAAUGAGCGCGAAAACAGACACAAACGAAAAUCAAACCACAAUUAAAACGGCAAGAGCCAGAUCACUUAGCAUUGCAACGACUUACGACUCGCCUGUGUGAAGGAUUGCACAAUCCGGGCCAGCAGACCUCUUUCGCUCUCCAGCUGUCGGAUAUCACGAUUCAACACAGGUUUUGAGUCAAGCUGCCCUUGGAGGAAAGUACUUUUCUUCAAUUGUGUCGACAUAGAAUGAUAUGGCAGCUGACAUAGAUGAGCAAGUCUCGGCAUGUUUCCGAAGUGACUAGUAGUAAAUAUAUUGAGAAUUAAACCGAUUAAAAGCCCACUAUUUGUGUAGCUAAUGUUGAGAUGGUGUGUGUCCUCAGAGGGGAUGUCAGUCAAGAAACAAAUGCAGAUGCAUAUGUUGCUUUUUGAAGCCUUAAAAACAGUGACCAGAACGUCACCUACAUUUCAAAUGUCGAAUGAAAAAUCUUCAGCAGUUAUGUAUUGUUUUGAAAUCUAUUGCUCUAGUUACUGUAUUUCAUGCAGACUAAUAUAUUAUUUAGUUAGAUUUUUUUUAAGUACUGCAUAGCAAAAUACUUGUGUACCAUUUUAAUGAAAUGUCUAUUUUUUGUUCUACGUCUUCCUAAUAAUUUUAAUUAGUAGUUCUGCAGGACUGAAACUUACUGUAAAUGAUAAACAAAAAGUGUUUGUGUUGCAAGGUAAUCCACGGUUUAGGGUUUUUUUCUAUUGCAAUUAUGCACACACAGAAUACUGUAGUUAUGUUGUCAUCUCUGCCCUGUGGAGCAGAAAUGCUAAUGUUGUAUGACCCAUUUUUUUCUUCACAUGGGCAAAAUAAAAACCAAGACUUUUUUUUUCAUAGACAGCUGGUUUAGCUGUUGCGUUAUAUAAAAUUAGAAUGUUUGCUAUGUGUAAGUUAAUUAUUGCCUAUUCAAGUGCUGUAUUCAAGCCUUUUCCAAAGAAUUAAAAGAGUAUUAGCUUUUGGUUUGUUUAAAUGUGUUUUUUGCUUCCCAUGAGUGCCGGAGGUUUGCCAUUUUAAUUCCUCUUUGGUGACAAUGAGAGCUCGCUUCCCAGGGGAAUACACCAAAGAAGUGAAAGCGCACACCACUACCACCACUCGAGACACGGCUUCACCCAAAAGGAGCAGCGAUGAAUGGCACGAGCAUUCUGUCAAAUACCACAGUGGCAUUAAAAUAAUCGCCAGAAAUAACGAGACCAAUUCAAAGCGUACAACGAUGUGUUAACUCGGUAGGCAUUAUCACGAUGCUUUUAAAUGGUAUACAGUAUUGUAAUUCUUAACAUAAUUGCACUUAUUCUGUUAUAGCUAGUGCUUAGCGCUACGGCUGCAGAAGGCAACCAAUGGGAUCGUGUAAUCGCAGUGUAAUACAUUUUGAAUGCUCUUCACUAACUUUUAAAUGAAGUAUGUUUUCGCCAACAUUAUGCAUUGUUAAUGGUCAGCAGUUACCGGUUGUAACCCACCGUGACCAUCAGUACCUCCGAUUAGCACGGUUGACGACGUCCGGUUGCUAAAGAAGUUCAACUUGCAUACAACGCAACAUUGUUAGUAAUGUAGUCAUUUUUGUAUUGGAGAGGGUGUCACGUGAGUGUCAAUGCUCACUUUCAUUGGGAUGUGUGGCCAAUCCCUUAAUAUAGUAUUUAUACAGAUGCAGGCACACUGUGUAUGAAUUAAGAAAUGACAGUGUAAACGUAUAACAAUCACCAAUUAAAAGUAGAAUAACUUAAUUUACAUGAAUAAAAUUUUCGUAUUAUU